AUGUCCUUAUGCUUCAUCCCAAACAGCCUGGCCAGGCAGAGGACCCUUGAGGAUGAAGAAGAGCAGCAAAGAGAGCGCCGGCGAAGGCACCGGAACCUGUUGUCCUCCACAUCAAUGGAUGAAGAACCUCCCAGCCCUGUGAAAGGCACCAGCCCAGCUCCCAGCAGACCUCAAACCCUGGUGAAGAAAGAGCGUAAGCUCUCGGUAGUGCUGAAGACACAAGAAGGGAGACGAACAAGGUCCCCGAUGGCAGUCUCUGGAAAGCUGAGGCAGGAGAAGGAGCAUCAGGAGCCAGGGGUGGGAGUGAGCCGUGCAGAGGCAGGGGGACAGCCAUGCACGGGGCAGGAGAGCAUCCAGGCUGGACAGCGGGAUCGGGAUGCGGCCAAGGGCAGAGGGAACCCACCAGGAGACCGACACUGGGAGCCGGCCGUGGAGACGAAGGUGGUGGUGAGGACACAGCUCCAGGACAAGGAAGGACAAGGUGUGGGGUCUCCUCGGGGGGAGCAGAGAAGGGAGGUGCAGGAGCUGGGGGGCUGCCGGCUCCGUGAGGUCAAGAUCCUGACCAGGCAAGGGAGCCGCAGCGUGGAGGAGAAGACAACCUCGGUGGCAACCUCAUCCCUGGACCAGCAGCAGCCAUCCAGGAAUCCCUCAAAGGAGGCAACACAGCUGUCUUCCACCCAAGAGGAACCUGCAGAGAAGUCAGAUACUUUUCCAACACAGAUCACCUACAGCAGCUCCAUCAGACGAACCAGCCCAAGAACUGUCUCUUUCCGGGUGAUCUCAAGAAAACAGAAAGAAGAAAGCCAAAGCCCUCUCACAAGGAGUGCAAGCAUGAGGAUCCCGGGUAGCAGCAGCACCAUUGGGGAGAAGCUGGAAAAGUACAACUCGGCCGUGCAGCGCUCGGAGGUGGUGAAAUCAUCCCCGGCUGUUCAGAAGAGCCUCCUGCUCUCGGAGGGGGUGGCGAGCAAGCGCAGCUUCUUCGAGGCGACCGCUCCCGGCAAGGCUGAGCCGCUCGCUGCCAGGAAGGACAACCUGAAGAUCCCAGGAUCAGUGACGUCCCGCAUUAAUCUGUGGAUCAGCCGAGCUCAGGAGCCUGCCAAGGAGGAGAAGAGCAAGGACAUCAGGAAAAUAAACAGCCUGCCAAGCCGUGAUGUCUGGGUAAAGCAGCCUGGAGACACCUCUGGAGACACCAAGGUAGACACAGAGCUGCUUUGA